GUCGCCGAAGACGACGAAGCUGCACGAGCACGAAUCGGGUUCAAUCGGGUUUGGGGAAGCUUCGGUUCGUUCGUUCGUGGCAUCAAACUGCCGUCUUGACGCAUAGUUCAGCCGUGUAAGUUAUUCUUAAAUUUUGUUAAUCCAAGCCCCGCCGGAUAUUUCUCUUCUGUGCAUUUGAUCGUCAGUUCUAUUGCCAUCCUUGUAAUACUACUGUGAACUCGGAGAAAUCAUUCAAGGAGCACACUGAAAGCAAGCGCCAUAAGUUUAAGGUGGCCUCAUCCAAGCGUUCUUAAUUUCACAAAAUCUGAAGAUGCGUCAGACAAGGAGGUCUCGAUCUGCUGCAACCCCUCAGAAGGAUGAUGCCCCCCCUCAGUCUGAGGAAGUCAAGGAUUCUGUGAAGGCAAACUUGGAGACUGUGUUCGAGAAAGAAGGAGACAUCCAGGGUGAGGUAGGUGCUGCAGUUGAUUCUUCGACCCAUAGUGCUUUGGUUGAUGAGAGUGAGUCCACUGCUGUACCUUCUGAAAAUGAGGUGUCUCUUCAAGAUGAGACUAAACUGUUAGAAGAAACUACCUCUAACUCAGAGGACAAACAGUCUGAUGCAGUCGCCUCUGCUCCAUCUGAAGGUUCUACAUCUCCUGCUAAAAAGGAAGUUGCAUCUCCUGUUAAAACUGCUGGAACUCCUUUCAAAGCCAAGGUUGAUUCUGGAGUCAUAGAACUCAAUUGCAAAGUUUGUAAUUGCUCAUUCACUAACUACCAGGAGCACAUGAAUAGCGAAGCUCACAAGUCCAAAAUUAGCCAUUCCAACUCAAAGACUGAUGGUUCAAACAAUGAUAAGUCCUCUACUGCUAACCAGGCCCAGAAACGUGCUGGUGACCAAGCUCUGGAUUCCACUCCAUCAGCCAAGCGAAUGAAGAAUCAAACAGGACAGAAUUCUUCUGAUAAGUUCCGUUGUGAUGUUUGCAAUGCAUCAAUGGCAAAACAGCAAGACUAUGAUCUACACAUGAACGGGAAGAGACAUCUGAUGAAUGUUACGAAGGCUCAAGGGAAAGCUUAUUGUGACAUUUGCAAGCUGUUUUUCAAUACUGUUACUGAUCUCAAUGACCACACUGAUAGUCAGCUUCAUAAAACUAAUGUUGCAAACAGAAAAACUGAUAAAGAACCAUUUGAAUGCAAAGUUUGCAACAUCACUAUUGUUGGAAAGAGGCAAUAUGAGCAACACCUGACUAGCAAACGCCAUAAGCGUUCUCUCUCAAACCCAACAACUGUGAAAAAAGUUGCUACUACUCCUGCCACUGGCACCGCUGCUGCAACAUCAACUGCUGCAACUCUCAAUGGUAAACAGGACUCUACCCCGGCGGAAUCCCAAAAGAAGUGGCUGUACUCCUGCAAUGCUUGCAAUUUUGGGUGCAACCAAGACCAGCAGUUUUCUUCUCACAUGAAUUUAGCUGAUCACAAGGCUGCUGUAAUUGAUAUGAAGAAGAAAGGCUUGGUCAAGGAACAAGGAGCUUCAAAGCCUGCACCAGCCAAGGCACCUGUCAACAAGCCUGGCCCUGCUACCAAUGCCACUCAAAAUGUGCGCAAAUUUCCUCACAAUAAUGCAGUUGGUGGACCACGUAACUUUGGGCAUCAAGGUGUUGGUAACAGACCUCUCAACUUCGCCAACAAACCUGUUUUCAAUCAAGGUCCGGUUACAAAAGUUACUUACAAUGUUGUUCCUGGCAAUAUGAAUGCCCCUGGUCCAACAGUAAUUCCACCCAAACAAGGACCGAUGAAGAAGGAUGUGCUUCAAGCCAAUCGUAAAGGACCUCUUGGUGGACCUAGUGGAGUAGGUGCAGCUGCUGGACCGAAAAAGCCUAUGCCCCUGAACAAACCAAAUAUGCCAGUUAACAAGCCACCUAUGAGUGGAAGGCCUAAUCCCCGUUUUGGUGUACAAGGUGAUAACCAACAGAACAAAUUCGCACCCAAUGCACAGCCACUUAAAUUAGGCUUCCAGAAGAUGCCAUUUGAAGGACCAGGAAACUUUGGCAGCCAUGCUUUUGCUAAUGUUGGGGAUGUCAACAAUGCAAGUAAUGCUGUUGGAAAUUUUGGAAACUAUGGCCAAAGAUCAGCUGGUAACUUUGGUGGUAACAUGAGGAAUGAUAACCUAAACCAAACAUCUGAUUUACGAGGUGAUUUCAGAGGUAACAUGAGGGACGAUUACCGUUCUGAUAUUCGAGAUCUCCGUGACAUUCGUAAUAUUGACAUGGGCAUGGACAACAGAGGGGACUCUAACUUCCGAUCAGGCUAUUACAGGGAGAUGCCAGCUGACACAGUACGAGAGAAUCGCAAUGACUACAGUAACUUCAGAGGUGGUGAUGUAUCAAUGGAUACACGAUCUGACAUCAGGUCUGGAUUGGCUGUCGAUACCAGAGGAGAUGUGAGAAGCCUCACAAGGAAUGACUUGGGCGCUGACAUACGAUCUUACAACUCUGACAUGAGGGAUCUGCGCACUGAUUCAAGAAACGACUACAUGAGGGACAGGAACACAGUUUCCAACUAUGGAGCUGCUUCGUCAUUUGGCCAGCAGAACUUCAGAGGCAACGAUGACUACAGAUCUGACAAUUACAGCAGAGGUGGACAAGGAGGUCAGGGAGGUCAGCUCAGUAGCCAGACUGCUUCCACUGGUAAUUACUCCAGUGGAAUGAUGUCUAGUGGACGCUACGAUUCUUCCUUCAUGGACCGCAACUCCUCAGUGUACAACAACCAGUAUGCUGGCCAAUCUAGAGGCAUGGGUUACAUGGGUGACAUGACACUCAAUGGACGUUAAACUUCAACAUUUCUUUACUUUGGUUCUCUUAGUAUUGCAAUCAAACGAUCAUUAUUUAGCUAAUGAUUUUUUUUUAUUUUGUAGACAAUGCCUAUGAUUAUGCAGAAUUUUGUAUAAAUAUUAUAUGCUUUUAAGUAGCAUUGGUCACUAAUUCGAAUGGAUUUACAGUAGAUACACUGUAUUUUUAUGUUAUUUAACUUAAGCAACAUUGUGCUUGUGGUGAUGUUGAGGUAGUGCAAUUUUAGUGCUGAAAUGGAAUCAAAUCUACAUCGGUUUCCUCUAUUAGGUGUUUCAAUACUGAGUGUAUGUGUAAAAAACAUUGAGUAGCACUGAGAGCAUUACUACACUUCAUUGUACGUUUUCUCCACAACUAAGGAUUCAUUAUCUUCAAUUUUGUUUCUUUUUGAAGUGUACUUCCUCAUCUGUGUUUUUGUACUUUUGACAUCAAGCACCCUGUUUUAUUCACAGAUGCAGAUAUCUUUUUGCUGUAUUAAUUUAACUCUUAAGUUCCUUAAGUAUUGUUAAUGGUGGUACCCCAUGAAACCAAUGAUUGUCAAUGAGAGUGGUAGCUUCAGAUUUACUGCAGUGUGAAAUCAUUUUUGUAGAUCGUCACCUGUCAAGGCAUUGUAUUUUUUGUGCAAACACAUGUUUAUCACUUAAGUGCAAUUUCACAGUUGCUCUGGCAUAAAUUAAUUUAAUUAAUUACAGUCCACUACUAAAUAAAUCAGCAUCUAGCCAAUUGGUGAUGGUUUGGGGAAGUUCUUACAAAAUCAUUGUCAAUUCAAGACUUACCCUAGAAAGCUCAUUGGAGAGGUCAGUUGAAUGAGUGAAAGAGAAUGUAAAGCUCUACCUCUUAAUUAAGGAUAUCUAUUGUGUAUAUAAGUUAAGGCACAAUGGUAGUUGUUAAUGUUGUGAGUUUGGAUUUGAAUGUGGAUGAAUUUGAAAGCUAAGAAUUACUUUAUGAAAAUGGUACAAAUGUUAUUCACAGCCAAUAAAAAAUAAACUGCUAAUAAA